GUGUUGCUUCUGUUGUGGUGAUUUGUACGUCUGUGAGAAAGGGGAAGAGAUCAUCACGAGUGAGAGAGAAUUGUGAAGGUCGUGUCUCCAUCACUCAUCACCGUUCGUCUCCAUUUGGUUGGAGGAAGGAGAGAUCAGUUCAAGUAGAGGUAUUGGUGAGCAUAUUCCCGUCUGAUUUGAAGGAACAAGAUCACGAUUUUGGUGUCGCUGGAUAGGUCUCGCUGCAAGGAAGACACAACAACAAACGGUUCUCCAUUACGAGAUUCAAGUUGGGCUUUUGGAGAACAGAUUUCGGUCAUCUCGGAUCAGUGGACCACAAGCUGACGGUGGAUACGGUUAGAGGGAGUGUCAGGGAAGCGUAUGGAGCCGUCGUAGUUGCAAGAAAAGGUAAACCCUAACCGCCAUGACGUUUGCUUUGUGCACAAGAAACACCUGAAACUGGUUAAUCUGAAACCCUAAAAUAACAGAUCUGAGGUACCUUCUUUGGGACAGUGUUUGGAGGUUCAAAACUAAUCCGAUCAAGCUGAAAUUUUGGAGAGAGCUUCCUGGUACAGUAAGUUUGAAUUCAAUGGUGGGAUUAAGAAGUUAACGAUCCAUUCUGAAGUUACUGGUGCGUUUGUUUAGAUACUUAAGUGAGCGGCUCUUUGUCAUCAAAAGGCAAAGGUGAGGGUGUGAUCUGCGGAUAUACGAUUACAAGUUUCUAUUUUUAUGCUUCAUGAUUCACUUGCAUAGGAUUAGAUCUGUUUGCUAAGUAGUAAUGACUUGUUAAUUAGGAUUGAGGAUAUGAUGAUUGUUUUAGUGAUAUAGGAUGAUUGAGUUAAUGUCAUUGUGAUGACAAGAUAUUAUAUGUUUUAUAUGAGAAAGUGGAAUUAUCAUAUUUCGAGAUGAUGAACAGUGGAAAAAAUGGAAAAGUAGAAAAUGGUUCAAAGUUUCUGUGUAGCUCAAUAAAAGACUGACAAGUCCAGUGGAACUAGAUAGGUUCAAAGGUCAGGGAAGAUGAUCAAACCUGAAAUUGAUGUGGAGAUCUCGCUAAGGGUGAGAAUGAGUUUUGUGUUAUAGUUUGCAUAGUGGUGCGGACUAUAUGAGUAUUGUUUCUUUUUCUAUGUGAUUAUUGAUUGUUGUUUAUAGGUAGUUUUGUGUAUCGUAUUUCGAGUGGGCGGAAAGGAUCCUCUCACUGAGUAAUUCUUUACUCACCCAUUUUUCCCCCUUUUUCCCCAGGUCAGGGUGAGAAUCGUGAAUAGUCGUGCAAGUCUGUCGCAUAUGGUUGGGAACCUCAGGUUAUUGGCUUUUAUUGUUAAUUUCUUAUAUGUUUUUAUCCAAUAGUUUUCAACGAUUUAAGUUUAUUUUUAAGACAAGUUUACAUCGAGUUUUUUUUUUUUUUGUAAGAGAAGGAUUUUCGGAAAACUAUGACAUGAUGAAUUAAAAAAGUGGAAUAAAGGAAAAGAUAAGUAAAGUGAACGCACCCCGUCUCGAUGUUGAGGGAGACGGUUGUGACAAAUGGUAUCAGAGCGGAGGUUAAAGUCAAGCCGGUUCUGACCCGGAAGGCUAAGUCUGAAAAUAUUAGUAAUAAUAAUAAUAGUCUUAAAAAAUUUAGGACAACGAGGUGCCCAAAGGAGUUUAAGAAUGAUCUUGCAGUGCACUACUUGCGGGGAGAAGCGGAUCAUUGGUGGAGAAAUGUUAAGAGGAGCUUACCUAUUGGAUUUGUGUCUACCUGGGAAGAUUUCUUAAGGGAGUUCAAUAAUAAGUAUUUUUCGCAGGAAGCUAUGGACCAGCUAGAUCAUGAGUUUUUGGAGCUUCGUCAGGGCACGAUGUCUAUUAGAGAGUAUGAAGCAGUGUUCACUCGUCUAAGGAGAUUCUGUGUGAGGAAUUUCGGAGAGCAGGACAUGAUGCGUAGAUUCAUGAGGGGACUGAGGGCUGAUAUUCGUAAUCGUUCCUCCAUUCGAGCAUACACUAGCUUGGUUGAGUUAGUCGAGGAGAUUGCUAUGAUGGAGAGAGGACUAGAGGAAGAAGCCAAGGAUCUCAAGAGGGCUCAGGGGAAAGGUAACAAAGCAAGUAGAGUCUCAGAAACGUAGAUGGGAUAACCGUGAUGCAAGACAAAGUCAAAAUCGUUACCCUAAGUGUACUAGGUCCAGGUGUAAUAGGCAACAUGGAGGGGUUUGUUGGAUGGAUGCAUGCAAGUGUUUUCAGUGUGGUGAAGUUGGUCAUAUCAGGGAGAAUUGUCCAAGGGUAAUGAUAAUUGUAGGAAGUGUGGGAAGCCGGGCCAUUACGCACGGGAGUGCACUACGUUUCUAGUAGAAGAGAACCAACUAUUUCCUAAGACACAAGCUUUAGGACCUCGUGUGUACGCCGUAGGAAACCAAGGGGUUGAUGUUGAAAAAGAUAAAGUUUGAAAUUAAAUUUCCAAGGUCGUACAAGUUCGUGUUCAUGAUCGCAAGAUUUGGUGUGGGCGGUUUAAUCAUUAUCAGAGA